AUUAUAUUCGUUUGCCUGAAAGUUUGUUUUUAUUUAUUUUAAAAUAUUUAUCUUUAUUUAUCUUCGUGACUUAUAUUAAUAAGCGCAAAAGUAGGUAAUAACACUGUUUUGAUGUUGAAAUUUCAUAUUUAGUUACGAGACCAUUGAGAUACGCUACAUAAAAUGUAAUAGAUAUACGAUUACUACCUACUUGUAACAUAAUGAAAGAAACAAAUUCUUCGGAGACAAGUGCAGAGAUCAUUCGAUGUGACUGGUUAAAUCAAGAUCCAAUUUACAUCGCUUACCACGACGAAGAAUGGGGCAAACCACAAUAUGAUGAAUUAAAACUCUUUGAAAUGCUAUGCUUAGAAGGACAACAGGCAGGUCUCUCUUGGAUAACAGUUUUGAAAAAACGUGAUCACUACCGUAAACUGUUUUAUAAUUUUAAUCCAAGUAAAAUUGCAAAGUUAAGGGAAAGUAAUGUUGAAACAUAUUUGAAGGACCCUGGAAUUGUUAGACAUAAGGGGAAGUUAGAAUCCAUUAUUAACAAUGCAAAAUGCUUCUUAAAAAUGGAAGCGGAAGGAGAUAACUUUUCAGAAUUCAUUUGGGAUUUUGUGGACCAUAAACCAAUAAUAAAUAGCUGGAGUACUCACAGGGACAUUCCAACAGAGACUGCACAUUCAAAAGCCAUGUCCAAAGCUUUGAAAGCUAAAGGCUUUAAGUUUAUUGGGUCAACCAUUUGUUAUGCAUUUAUGCAAGCUUGUGGGCUUGUUAAUGAUCAUAUCUUAAAUUGUGUUAGUCGCAUUGAAAAUAAAUAA